AGGAUUUACCUUGAUAUCUGAACAGAAUGAGGAUGCUGAAGAGAGGCUCUGCUCUCAUUCUGAGAAGAGGAAUUACAACUUGUCAGAGUGCAUGGUGCAAAAAUGACAGCCUCUUCAGAGUUCAUCCAUCUGUGCAACAGGCAUUGGCAGAAAACAAACCUGUGGUUGCCCUUGAGAGCACUAUUAUCACACAUGGCAUGCCCUAUCCACACAACCUGAGCACAGCAAAAGAGGUGGAGGCCAUUGUGCGAGCUGAAGGAGCCACUCCAGCCACGGUUGGAGUGAUUGAGGGCAAAGUCCAUGUUGGUCUGUCGUCAGAGGAGCUUGACCACCUUGCCAACUGCAAGAGCUCCCUGAAGGUGUCCCGCCGUGAUCUGCCAUACGUCAUCAGCAAUGGGCUUUCAGGAGGAACAACAGUAUCAGCCACUAUGAUAGCAGCACAUCGAGCAGGCAUCCCUGUGUUUGUCACAGGUGGCAUUGGAGGAGUUCACAGAGAUGGAGAGAACAGUCUGGACAUCAGUGCAGACCUGACAGAGAUGGGUAGGACUCCUAUUGCUGUGGUCUCUGCUGGGGUCAAGUCUAUUCUGGACAUUGGUCGCACUCUUGAGUUCCUCGAGACACAUGGUGUCUGUGUAGCCACUUAUGGAAAGUCAAAGAAUUUCCCAGCCUUCUUCUCUCCACAAAGCGGAUUCACUUCCCCAUGCCAAGUCAGCAGCCCUGCAGAGGCUGCAAAACUCAUUGCAAGCACUCUGUCCCUGGGUCUUCAAAGUGGUGUCCUGUUAGCGGUGCCCAUCCCAGAGGAACAUGCAGCUGCAGGCCAGCAGAUAGAAGAAGCCAUACAGGCUGCAGUGACAGAGGCAAGUUCUAAGAGUAUCACAGGAAGAGAUGUGACACCAUUCAUUCUUCAGAAGGUCAACGAACUGACUAGAGGAAAGUCCCUUCAGGCCAACAUUGCGCUCAUUCAUAACAAUGCUAAAGUUGGAAGUCAGAUAGCCUGUGCACUGUCUAAACAAAUGAAUGAGAGAAAGUCAAGAGGCAAAACUCAUCAUUCUGGAAAACACUCAUCUGAAUCAGAAUCAGAUAUUGUUGUCAUAGGAGGAAUAAAUGUGGAUUUUAUUGCUAAAGGAAAAACAAAAACAAUUCAUUUUGGACAGACUAACCCAGGAAGUGUCUGUCAGUCAUUUGGUGGUGUAGGAAGAAACAUUGCUGACUCUCUGAGUCGCUUAGGUCACAGACCUUUGUUCAUCUCAGCUACUGGAGCUGAUUCACACAGUGAUGCAGUGUUAAACUACUGUAAACAUAUGAACACAAGUGGUGUGGCCAGGCUGGAAGACCAAAGCACAGCUACUUACUGUGCUGUUAUCACUGAGAGUGGAGAACUGAGUCUUGGAUUGGGAGACAUGGAUAUCCACCAGCAAAUCACAGAGCAGUAUGUGUCACAGUUUGAGAAGCAGCUUUCAUCAGCCACUCUUGUGUGUCUCGAUGGAAAUAUCCCUGUCUCCACCAUCAACUAUGUUUGUUGUCUUGCCAAAAAGCACAACAUCAAUGUUUGGUAUGAGCCAACGGAUUCAGAAAAGGCUUGUAAGCCUUUUCUGUCAGACGCCUGGAAGUCUCUGUCCUAUGCAUCCCCAAACCUAGUGGAGUUGUGCACCAUGAACAAAACACUGGGUAUCCCAACACCUGAAGUGCUGCCAAGCUCUCUCAAGGAGGUGCUGAGUGUUGCUCUGGCUUUCUCACGCCCUCUUCUGGAGCAUCUUCAUUGUCUGGUGGUGACUCUGGGUGCUAAUGGUGUGUUGGUGUGUGGAGAGCAUGAUGCAGGCUCGGUCAACCUGCAGCCAAGAAAGCAGAAGAGGAGAAGACGGCUUUGUGCUGUACACUACCCAGCGCCGACUGUUACCACAGAAGAGACAAUGAAUGUAUCAGGAGCAGGAGAUAGUCUUGCAGGGGCUUUGAUGGCGGGGAUCCUCCAGCGGCUAGACACAGACAGCUGUGUACGGAUGGGGCUCCUGGCUGCACGGUUGUCCCUGGCAUCACCGCACCCAAUCGCCCCCACGCUCACCUUAGACUCUGUGGAUCCCAACAAAGACCACACUCAUAAUUGGCCCAAACCCAGCUUCAGAUUUGUGAUUGGAUUCAUGUGAAGCCAGUGUGUAGCACUGUAAGUAAAUGCAUGUUGAAGAUGACACAUUAUACUAAAACCAAUAAAUACAAAUUUUAUUUGAUAUUUUAAAUAGUUCUAAUUGAUAUCUUGCACAACACAGUAUUUGCUGUUUUAAUUUCUUAUAUUGAAAAGUACAUAUUUAACACUAGUAAUGGAGGAAGUACUCAGAAUGGCUUCUUAAAAAUAGUAGAACCACUUUUUAAAAAAGUAUUUCCAAAAUUUCAUUUACAAUGGUUCUUCGAUAUUUUCCCAGCCUGUUGCUGGAGGUAAUGUGGUAUAAUCACUUACAAAAACAUUUUACAACAAAACUUGACGGUAAAAAUAAUACUUGUUAUGUAAAAUUUGGAUGUGGAUCUUAGAUAAGUAUGUUAUUGGUUAAUCCUUCCAUCUCUUCAUUUUUUUUGCUAUUUAUCCAAGCCCAGAGUUGAAUGAUUAAUUAUUUAUAUUAUUAGGAAUCAUUGUAACGGAGUGACAAAAUUCU